CUGAAAUUGUGCUGCUUGUGGUGGUACAUGCCUGAAAUAGAAAGACACUGAUGGAGAUUCCUGAUCGGACACAAGCGAUAUUAAGUGUGUCAAAAGAUGAGUUCUCAGCAAUAUCCACGGCCAGGAGUACCUCCUGGUAUGGAACAAAACCAGAUACCCGGAGGGAACUCCAAAUUGGUGCCUGGAAGUCAAUCAAACAUUGCAGGAGGGGAAGACGACAGCAGCCAUGAGACCUGUGCAAACCACGGUCCUAUGGACCAUCUCAGCAGUAAUGGCAGUGGAGCCCCUGUCUUCAGAGAUGACAAGCAUGAAACCGUGGUUGUCCGGCCUUACCCCCAAGUCCAGGUCCAAGGUCACUCCUCAACACUACCUCAGCACCUGCCCCUUCAGCAGGGCACACCUGUCCCAGUGUCAGCCCCUCCGCCCAACAUGUCCCAAGGCCUAUCACUGGCUUUUGCCGAAAGACCCCUGAAGUCAUCUCUGAAGUCACCCAUGCUCAGUCGAGUGAUCGCCCCAGCACCAGCCAAUUCCCACAUCACCCUGCCAGCCAAGUUGCCAAGCCAUGUCACUGUAUCCAUGGAGAGCACUGUGCCUCAAUCCGCUGGCAUCCCUGUAGCAACUAUUAGUGGCCAGCAGGGAAACCCCAGUAACCUGCCCCAUCAUCUCAUGGCAGCCAAUGUGCAGAUCAUCCGGAGUAACGCCCAGCCACUGCAGCUCGCUUCCCCUGGCACCCCCCAGCACACCUUCACCUCACAUCUACCCAGAGGAGCUGCAGCAGCGGCUGUGAUGUCCAGUUCAAAAGGAGCUACAGUACUAAGACCUGCCACAGGUUCUGGCAGUGCCGCUGGCCCAACUCCUAUCCAGCACCUACACCAGUCUCGCCCUAUAGUCACAACAUCCUCGACUGUGAUGCCCACAGUGGUCACAUCGGUAACCACCACCAGACCACAGUCCCCACCUGUUAUUUCCGACACGCACACAACAGAGAUUGUUCAUGGGCGUCCAGGACUUACCAUCCAACCCUCUCCAGCCUCUCUGAGCAUCCAGCGUCCUCCCCAAUCUCGGGACGGCUCCACGCGCAUCACCCCUCCCUCCCAUUCUGCCAUUGGGGUUCAGAAACCCCAGUUACCCCACGCUAUGGCACAAAAGCCAAUAUUCAGCAGUGUAACUGCCGUUGCUGCGGCAGCCGUAGCACCAUUACUGACAACCAACCCGGCUCCGUCGCUGAGCACCACAGGCUCGGGACCCCACUCUCAAAUGAACAACAGUAACGUUGUCACCAUGACCGUGUCUUCUCAUUUGUCCCACGCCACAGCAGUCACUAUGUCCAACAUCCCAGUGGCUAAAGUGGUUCCCCAGCCGAUAGCUCACACCUCUCCCAGGAUACAGCCGGAAUACCCUGGGGACAGGGGCAACCUGAUCCCUAUUUCUGGACAUCGUUCCUCCCCAAACCCCAUCACAAUGGAGGCCCGCAGUGACAGCAGGCAAUCUAUGCCAGUUCAGUUUCAGUACUUCCUGCCCACGUACCCUUCGUCAACGUACCCCCUAGCGCACACCUACACCCCUAUCACCAGCUCUGUGUCCACCAUCAGACAGUACCCAGUAACUCCACAGGCUCCUACCGGCACGCCCAUGCAGACCCAGUCCAAUGUGGGUGUGGCGUCGGCGGUGCACCUCAACCAAAUGCAGCUCAUGACUGUGGACCGCAUUGCUCAGAUCAACACGCAGAACCUCCAGCCCACAGCCAUGGCAACACAGGGCAUCCAACCUACAGCUAUCAGUGCCCAGGGCCUUCACCCCAAUGCUGGUGGUCAGAUCACCACACAAAACAUACAACAGGCACCCAUUAACCUACAGCAGCCAGCCAGUGAGAACAAGACCUCAGUUGUUUUAACAGAUGGCUCAACUCUGGUAGCCAACCCCAUUGGCCAGACUUUCUGCAGCAGUCAACCGCCUACUUCUGUGGGACAGACGCACCCCCAGAACACAGGGUCCGGUGUCUCCACACUUGUGUCCUCCCCACGGCCUAGCAUCCUACGCAAAAAGCCGGCCAGUGAAGGGUCAUCUGUGAGGAAGAACCUUAUUCCAGAGGCCACCAGCACUAGGAUAGAUGGCAGCAUCAGGCCUGCAUCAGGCUCUCCACGGCCAACGGGUGUGAAGCAUAAGCCUGAUCUCCAUGUGUCCCUGGCUCACCCCAUGACAUCUUCCCCCUUGGAGGCUCUGCCCAGCCAUCCGACCCAUGAGCAGCAGCAGCACCCCGGAGCACUAACCCAACAGCACCCCUCUCAGCCAAUCCAGACUCUGAUCUCAGUGUCCGCACCUCCACACUCGCGGCCUGGCUCUGCCCUAUCCGCCAUCACUCCACCAAUCUCCUCAUUGGCAAACAUGGUGGUCCCUCCUAUGCAGUCAGCAGCCAGUGGCACGGCAGCGUGUGGAAUAAGCUCCACCCUCCCCGAGAUUAAGAUAAAACAGGAGGUGGAGCCCAUGGAUACAUCCAAACCGGGUCCUCCCAUGCCCCAUGCCAGUGCCCCCAUGGUGUCCGGUGGGGACUUGAUCCUUGGUGCCUCCCCCAGGAAGAAGCCCCGGAAGCAGCAACACAUCAUCUCCACCGAAGAGAGCGAGAUGAUGGAGACCAACAGCACGGACGAGGAUAAGGUCCUGGCCCGACCCGUCUGCAUGAGGGCAGAGAAACACAAGUCGCUUCCCAAGGAGUACAUAGAUGAAGAGGGGGUUCGCUAUGUCCCAACCCGGGCUCGCACCCAAGUCACCCUCCUCCGUCACUACAGGAACCCCUGGAAGGCAGCCUAUCACCACUUCCAGAGAUACAGUGACAUCCGGGUCAAAGAGGAGAAGAAAGGCACCCUGCAGGAAGUAGCCAAUCAAAAAGGGGUCGUGUGUAGAGCACAGGGCUGGAAGGUGCAGCUGUGUGCAGCACAACUCAUGGAAUUGACUAAUCUGGAGCGUGACGUGUACAGCCGCCUCACUACCCUCCAAGAGGGCCUAAUCCCAAAGAAGAAGGCCGGGUCGGAUGAUGACCUGCACCGUAUCAACGAGCUCAUACAGGGUAACAUGCAGCGCUGUAAGCUAGUGAUGGACCAGAUCACUGAGGCUAGAGACACCAUGAUGAAGGUCCUGGACCACAAGGAAAAAGUCUUGAAGCUAAUCAAUAAGAACGGCGAAGCCAAGAAAGUCAACAAACUAAAGCACAAGGACAAAGCCUAAUAGAGAAAUGGUGCAACCAAACCUAGGCUAACUACUUGCACCCUCCUCUUAAAAAAAACUCCAGUUUAGACCACUCACUGAUAUGUUCACGUUUUUAAUCUCGGACCACUGGUAGAUUGUGGCUGUUCUGUGUCUGCUAUUACUCCUUAGGGGUGUGUGACCAUUGGACCACCUAGAACUGAGAACCAAGUGGUCGGCAGAAAUUGACAGAUGCAAUUCCACUAGGGAGCUUUUCAGUGGACAGGAAUGUACAAGUGUUAAGCCUGUAUCAUUAAGUUAGUACUUUCUCCGUUGUUGAUUGGAUGGUGUAGAGGGGAUGUGCCAUAGCUGUUGGAAUUGAUGAUUUGGAACAUUGUGCUAUGUGAAGCUUUGAUGUGCGUCAAUAACAUUGUCUCACAUCAGGGGGUGUCAUUACAUACACAGAACCAUUUCAAGGAGCAAUCACUUUUGAUGGCCUAACUGAAGACAAGGGCGUGUGUUGAACUAUCAUGUAAUAAUGAUAAUGAAUAAUAAAUGUGAUUCACUUAUAGUAAUAAUGGGAUCAUAUUAGAAGUAUGCUACCAUGCUUUGUCAUUGGAAAUGCUACGCAACAAUCCAAGUUAUUUGUUUCUCACAGUGUUUGACAAAUCUUAUUGUAAAUCAAGUACUGUCAUGUGCCUGUUUAAGCUUUGAAUUAGUAUUCUGGCAAACUGAAUUAAGCACAUUCCCUUUUUGACACUUCAGGAGUUCAGGGUCUAUGUAUACUCUGGUAAGUAAAGAUUAUAAACAACUCAUCUCUUCAAUACUUUUCCUCAGUAGCACGUUACUCAUUGGGUGUAAAAAGUUUAAGGUAUGCCUUCACUGCAGACUGAAACUAAAUAAAACACAGUACAAUUCA